AUGGCGUUAACGAUCUGCACCAGAUUUACAGAUGAAUAUCAGCUGUUCGAGGAGCUGGGGAAGGGGGCCUUUUCCGUGGUCAGAAGGUGUGUGAAGAUCUCCUCUGGACAAGAAUUUGCUGCAAAAAUCAUCAACACCAAGAAGCUUUCGGCCAGAGAUCAUCAAAAGCUUGAGAGAGAGGCUCGUAUCUGCCGCCUGUUGAAGCACCCAAACAUUGUGCGGCUCCAUGACAGCAUAUCAGAAGAGGGUUUCCAUUAUUUGGUGUUUGAUCUAGUGACUGGGGGCGAGCUGUUUGAGGAUAUUGUAGCCAGAGAGUACUACAGUGAGGCUGACGCCAGCCACUGCAUACAGCAGAUCCUGGAGAGCGUUCAUCACUGCCAUGUUAAUGGAAUUGUCCACAGAGAUUUGAAGCCUGAGAACCUUCUAUUGGCCAGUAAGCUGAAGGGGGCGGCGGUCAAGUUGGCUGACUUUGGGCUGGCUAUCGAGGUGCAGGGGGACCAGCAGGCAUGGUUUGGUUUCGCUGGGACUCCAGGCUAUUUAUCACCAGAAGUGCUGCGGAAAGAUCCAUAUGGAAAACCUGUGGACAUGUGGGCUUGUGGUGUUAUUUUAUAUAUUCUUCUGGUGGGUUAUCCUCCCUUUUGGGAUGAAGAUCAACACCGUCUUUAUCAACAAAUCAAAGCAGGAGCAUAUGAUUUUCCGUCGCCAGAGUGGGACACCGUCACUCCAGAGGCCAAAGACUUGAUCAACAAGAUGUUAACUAUCAACCCAAGUAAACGCAUCACUGCUACUGAGGCCCUCAAACACCCCUGGAUUUGUCAACGAUCCACUGUGGCUUCGAUGAUGCACAGGCAGGAGACUGUGGAGUGCCUGAAAAAAUUCAAUGCGAGAAGAAAACUCAAAGGAGCCAUAUUGACCACUUUGCUGGUCACACGAAACUUUUCAGCAGCAAAAAGUUUACUCAACAAGAAGACAGAAGGCGUGAAGGUCAACAACAAAGCCAACACAGUGACCAGUCCUAAAGACACUGGCCCUGCCCCUGCACUGGAACCACAGACAACUGUAAUUCAUAAUCCAGUGGAUGGAAACAAGGAGUCCAUUGAAAGUGCCAACACCACCAUCGAAGACGAGGAUGUGAAAGCCCUGCGUCUGGGCAGCUUAGUGAGCGGCCUCUUGAGCUCAAAGAGUCGCUCGUCUCAGAUGUCAGAGUCCAGGCAGAGCCCCCCCACCUCCACAGUCCAGACUCGCAAACAGGAAAUCAUCAAAGUAACAGAGCAGCUGAUUGAGUCCAUCAACAAUGGAGAUUUUGAGGCCUAUGCGAAGAUUUGUGACACUGGUUUGACCUCAUUUGAGCCUGAGGCACUUGGAAACCUGGUGGAGGGGCAUGACUUUCAUCGCUUUUACUUUGAAAAUGCCCUCUCUAAGGGGAAUAAGCCAGUGCACACGAUCCUGCUAAACCCACAUGUGCAUCUCAUCGGAGAGAACGCGGCGUGCAUCGCUUACAUCCGCCUGACCCAGUACAUGGACGGCAAUGGUAUGCCCCGCACCAUGCAGUCCGAGGAGACCCGCGUCUGGCACCGCCGAGACGGGAAGUGGCAGAACAUCCACUUCCACCGCUCUGGAUCUCCCAGCAUCCCCUCCCAUUAA